AUUUGCCUGUACCAUAAAAUAUUUGUAGUUUAUAACUAAUUGUAUUAUUUUGGUAUAGUACAAAUCAGGGAAACAGUGGUGAAAGAAACAUACGUUUAUCGGUGAUGACUGAUAGGGCAUAAACACAAAACUGUUAAAGAGAAAGAAUAUCAUAAUCUUAUACAGGAUACUUGCCGGAGCAAGGAAUAAAGUGAGGUGAAUGGACGAAGCUGCUUUCAUUUGUUUCUGUUUCCAACAACAUAUUUUUAUUUUUGUUCGAAAGGGAUAUUGGAUGACAGAAUUUGCUUUUGAAUGCGUUACAACCUUCAUCUACUACUUCAAUUUGAAUACCGGGACCCCCGACUAGCCUAUCAUUCUAUCUCUCGAAAUGUGUAUGAAAUAAUUGGUGGGGAGGAUCUCCAAGAAAUGAUAUGGACACCUCGCAUUUAUCUGGGGAAUGAUCACAGUUCUACAGUGAUGGGAUCACUGAAAAAAGACAUCAGUGUCUCAGUAUAUCCUGAUGGCACAAUUAUCUUCUCACAGAGGCUAAAAACAGCAUUCACCUGCUGGAUGAAGCUCCAUAAAUUUCCUUUUGAUGAGCAGCAUUGUUCUCUCAUGAUAGAGAGUUGGGUAUAUAAUGCCAACGAGCUGGUUUUGAAGUGGGUGGAUGAUAAUCCAGUGUCAAUAACUCCAAACAUACACAUGUCCGAAUACUACAUUUCAAGUAUGUGGAACAGCACAAGCAAAGAAAGUUCAUUUCAGAACACCAAUUUCUAUGACUAUAGACACUCCGUUGGCAGUUCUAGUGCCCUAAUGGUGACAUUUCAUCUUCGUCGUCAAGUGGGAUACUACAUAAUGGACUACUAUGUUCCUAGUACGCUGUUGGUUAUCAUCUCAUGGGUCUCAUUUUGGCUGGAUGCAAAUGCCAUCUCUGGUCGUAUAAACCUUGGCAUUAGCACCAUGUUGACAUUCAUCACUCUCUCAUCCCAGACUGGCAGCGCAAUGCCUAAAGUAUCGUACAGUAUGGCAAGUGAAGUGUGGUUCAUUGUUUGCACAACGUUCAUCAUUGGAUCACUGGUAGAAUUUGCUUUUGUCAACACUAUUUGGAGAAGAAGGUCAAAUGUGGAACUUAAGAAGGUAUCUGGCAAGUACAUUUUGAAGUCCACACUAACACCAAAAUUAGCAAGGAAGGAGUUGAAGGAGCAUACAUCUGCAGUCCAACAUUCAGUAUUCACUCUUACUGAACUUCCUUCGACAAGUAGCAGUCUGCCUGCUUCACUUAUAACACAGAUUCCCUUUAGAUUCUUGGCUCUCCCCCCAAUGCUGGAGGAUGAUGAUGAAGAGCAGGAACAAGUACGAGACUUCCCACUUGAUAGCAACAACGCCAAAAAAUGCAGAACUGUAAUAUUUACUUCUGAUGACGAAAAUCCAACCAAUGGAGGUUUCACUACUAUGACACCACAGCAAAUUGCAAAGUGGAUUGAUGCAAGAAGCAGAGUCAUCUUCCCUGUUUCAUUUUUAAUUUUUAAUACACUGUACUGGGGUGUAUUUUCUUGGAUGUGAGAGCAGAAAAAUGAUAUGGAUGUCAGUUCCUGAAUAGGUGUCCUUACUUUCUUCCCACUCUCUUUAUGUGACUGGUUCAAAUCUCAGCAAAGGACAAACUAUCAUGUUCCUCUUUGUGAUUCUCCUCAAUUCCUCCAGACAAAUGCCAUGAUAGUAUCUCAAAUGAGGCCACUUUAAUUCUAAUUCAUUAUUAAGUAAUAACCAUAUUAUUUGAAGUUAUAUAAUCUGAGUAAUUGGAAGCUUUGUUAAAUAAGCCAUAAAUAAAUAAAUACAAAGUAUAGGAUUGUCAUGAAACUCUUACAUAGUGUUAAAGAAGUUUUUGAAACUAAACACUGACUGAAAUAUAUACAGCUUGAUUACUUGGAGAUUUUGAGCUAAAAAAAGUGGAAGGAAGUUAAGGAUUACUUAGAGAGAGUGAAACAGUGUGGUCUCAUGUCAUUAAUAGGAGAGGGAACAGAAGAUAAAGUGCAGUGAAGGAAGUGAAACAAUGUGUUCUUAUGUAAGAGGUAAGAGAAGAUAAAGGGUACUGGGACACUAAACAAUGUACUAUGAUGUCAUUAAUGGAAGAGGGAACAGAAGGAGAAUUGUGGAGGAAGUAAAAUGAUAUGCUCUGAGGUCAUUAAUGGUAUAUGGCAUAGGAGAUGGAAGGUAAUGGGGUGGUGGGAAAGAAUGUGCCUUUAUGUCGUUAAAUUGAGGAAGGCACAGAAGAAUAAAGAGGAAAGCAGAACAGUGUGCUCUAAUGUUGGUUAAUGGAAGAAAGGAUGGAAAAUGAAGAGCAGUAAGGCAAAGCAAAACAAUGUACUGAUUUUGCAUAAUGGGAGAUCUGGCAGUUGUGUGAUAGGUCCUCUGUUACUUACUGUGAUUUUAUUCCUCAUUUUUCCUUUGGCACAGAACCAUGUUGAAUGUUGAAUGACAGAAUGACAUACAUCUGUCAUUUCAAUGUAUAUCAUUAUCUAUAGUACUUAUGAAUAUUAGGACUGUAAACAUAUUAUAUUCUAUCAAUUAAUACAAGACUACUUUACGUACUUAUGUUAUUAAAAUUACAUGUACAAUUUGAGUCAUUUUGUAACUAUUACAUGUGUAACUUGUUGAUUUUUUUUGUGUCGUGCUUGCAUAUCACUUAACAGCCAUUGGAUGAGAAAAAACUUUUUAUUAUAAUAUAAAACAAAAGAAAUAAAUAUAGGUCACUAUUGCCAACUUGAACAUUUUUAUAUUACUAGAUUCUCAACAUAACUGUAUAGUAAAGUUUAUUGAUG